UGUUUUGUAGCUCUCAGACUUCCUAACAAGAUCAGAUCUGAAUCUCUCUGCUCCACUCAUGGCCUCAACUUUCUUGAUGAGGAGGAUACUUCUUGCUUUGCUUGUCCUAGCUUUGACAAUUCCUCAACAGUCAGAUGCAGAGUCAGAACAAUGGUGCAUAGCUGAUGAACAAACACCAGAGGAUGAGUUGCAGGCAGCCUUAGACUGGGCUUGCUCGAAAGGCGGAGCAGACUGCAGCAAAAUGCAGCAGCAAAACCAGCCUUGCUUCUUGCCCAACACAAUCAGGGAUCACGCCUCCGUUGCCUUUAACAGUUAUUACCAAACUUAUAAGCACAAAGGUGGCUCUUGUUACUUCAAAGGUGCUGCCAUGAUCACUGAGCUUGACCCAAGUAAGUUCUCUCCCUCUCUUUCUCUUUGUAAUUGAAU